CUCUCAUAGGCUCUUCAGUUGGGGCACACCUCCCUCCUACGAUCUGGGACUUUCUGCUCUGAGCCUGGGGCGUGGGGGGUUGCCAUUAUCUCAUUGGUUAAGGCAGGAAGCUAGGUCCCCGGUCAGUUGGAGGGAGCAGAGGGAGCCAGUAGGGGCUGCCAUAGACUCACUCGGGUUUGACUGGCCUCCUGGCACCAGCUUUCUUGGAUUCCAGCUGUAGCCACUACCACCAAGGUUGCUGCUAAUGCUGUGGCUACCUCUGGCUUUACCAGUGAUGCUUCUGGCUGUCCCAGAGGGUGAGUGAUUAAUGGCCCCACAUUCUUCCAUGCCAUUGGCCUUUGAAUUGGUGGCCCUGGAGGGCUUCCUAGCCCCCAUCCACACCCCUGACUUUACUCUGAGCCUCAGACAGGUGCUGAGUGGGAUCCCUCCUGCCUUUUCUUUCCAUUUCCUCCCUCACCCUCCUCCCCACCCCCCAGCUGCCGGGCAGCUAACUCCCUGGGGCCCCCACAGGAUGUGGGAGAGCUGGAGGAUGAUGUGUGCACAGCUUAGGGAGGGAGGAGGGAGUGUGGGGAAGGUUCUGGGUCCCCAAGUAAGGCCCCAGCCCUGGAAAGGCAAGAGCUGGGAGUUAGUCAUUCAACGGAUAUUAUUAAACUAACUGUGGACAGACCCGUACUGGUCUUCACUGGGGAAGCUGGGACAUUUCUGUAAGACUCAAUUUGAGCACAAUACAAGCAUUGCUACUAGUAGGCACAUGCUUGUCAUAAAAAAACAGGCUCAUGCCUACUGGAAGACAGUGAAGUCAGGUGAAAUCUGAGUCGGAACCUUGACUCAGACACUCCUCACUAGCAGUGGGGACUCUGAGCAUGUUUCUGUACCUCACUGAACCGCCAUUUCUUCUUAACCUCUAAAAUGUACAGGUAAUACCUACGAUCCCCACCUCCCAGGGUUGUUGAGGAGAGGAAAUGAGACAAUGUCCAAAAGUGCUUUGCAACUUUUAGUGCGUUAUGUAAAAUGCCAAAUUACUGCUCAGGUUUCUUCCCUACAUCUCAGGUUCAUCCUCUGUAAAAUGGGGAUGAAGGUAUCAGCACUGCUUACCUUACAGGACGGCGGCCAUGAGGAAAGUGCUUUGCCAACCUCAAAGUAGUAGAACACAGUACAUUAGGAGGCUUACACGAUCAGUGCAUUAGGGAGGGAAAAAGGAAGCAAUACAUGUGAACCCAGUGGAAGACCAUUACUGAACCCCAACCCAAAAGAUCCAAGGGAUUCUUGGAAGAAACAGCACAUUAGUGUGGUUUAGUGAAAAGUGCAGCUAGGUAGCAUAGGACAGAAAAACAGAGAGAGACAGAGACAGUGACAGAGAGAGACGGAGAGAGGGAGAAAGGGAAGAAGGGAAGAAAAGAGGAAGAAGAAAGAAAGAACAGAAAGGAAGGAAGGAAGAAAAAGAGUUAAGUCUUAAAAGUCAAACUUAGAUGAGUUCAAGUCCCAUCUCUGCCACUGAUCACUGCCACUGUUGAACUUGAACCCUCACUGGCCUUGAGUAUCCUCUGUGAAAUGAAGAGAUUGGUUCAAUACUCCCUUUCAGGCCUGACUUUCUGUGAGUAGAGCCUUAAAAGACCCUAGGAAUUAAGCAGAUAAAGGAGAGAGAGAAUAUUCUAGGCAUAGGGGACAAAGUAGAACAGGAGAAUGGUGGGCAUAAAGAGGGGGUCAGAGAGUCUCAUAGUUUGGCUGGAGUGUGAGGAGGAGAGUGGAAAGUGAGUAACUGGGCACAAUAGCAAAUAAAGUUGGGAAGGCCAGUGUGGUUGGUUGCAGUUUGGGAGUAGCCUUGAAUGCCAGGCAGCAGAGACUGAACUUGUCUAAGGAGGCAACAAGGAGACACAGUUUGGGGCAGGGGAAUAACAUGGCCUGAUCUCUGUGUGGUUUUACUGGAACAGAGACAUGGGCUGACCAGGGAUCACUGCCCUCAUCAGCUCCACUUUCUCAACUCCAAUGCUACUGGAUAAGUCCCAAGGGAGACAUGAACUGCACAUGGGGACUCAGCUUGGACCCUGGUAUUCCUUAUAACUUCUACUACCAAAGCUUAAAGUACCACCCCAACAGGAUCCAGAAUGUCUCAGUGUCCAGAGGCCAGGGUUGGGUCAUGGUGGAACGUGAGCAUCUGACUAUCUCUGACCACUACCUCAUAUGGCUGAGCCCAAUGGGCAACAUUUCCCAGCCUGGAGACCCAGAGCCUCUCAGACUGUGCCUAGAUGACAUAGUGAAGCCCGAGCCACCAAAGCUAUUCCCUGUAGAGUUCUCUGAUGACCCCAGGGCGGUCACUGUGACCUGGAAUACCCCUGCCUGGCCCCCCCACGAGAGCUUUGAGUGUCAGCUCCGCUUUCGGAAUAUCUUGGCCUCAGUAUGGCAACAGGUGGAACCUAAAGAUUUAACCUCAUCUUUUCUGGAGCUUCGGGGUUUAGAGCCAGCCACAGGUUAUGAAAUGUCCUCUCGCUGCCAGUUGCAAAACAGCAUGGGCUUUUGGAGUGACUGGAGCUCCACCCUGAAAUUCCAGACCCUUCCAGUUGCCCCAACCAGCCUGGUGGACAUGUGGGUACUUGGGUCACCCUGCCGCAGCUCACGCCCCAAAGAAGAGUCCUAUGUUCUGCUAUGGAAGGUGACCUGGGACCUGGAGGCUGUGUCCCAACUGGGUAUAACUGAAACAGUGCUGCGCGUGGACCUUAUGCCUGGGUCAGGGCUGAACUAUACAGUGGUGUUCCAGGGACCAGGUAGAGAUUGGCACCCUAAGGUUAUCCCCUGCUGCAAUGCCAUCCUUCCCAAUGGCACAGAGCGGAAUGAGCUCCAACUCCUUUACUGUGUUGGCAACUGGGGUACCAAGCUUCCUGGUUUAUACUUGUCUCCAGGUUCUGCUCCUAAGAGUGUCCAAGUAAACAGCAUGGGAAAUCAGGGGAUAUUGGUCAAAUGGGUACCAGAGCCACAGGAAUACCAGGAAUUUGUGGUGGAGUGGACCCAAGAAGACUCGUCUCUCCAGGAGCUGAACUGGACCCGUCUGCCAACUGGAAGUCAGAGCACUCUGUUGAGAGGAAACUUUGAGAAAGGAGUUCCAUACUGUGUGACUGUGAGUGGUGUUUCCCCAAAGGGCCUGGCAUUUGCCCCUCCAGUCUGGGGCUACAGUCAGGAGAUAGAACCCCUGGAAGGGCCAGCUCUGUGGCAGCUUCCAGAUGCUGCCAGUGGGGCACUGACGGUGGCAUGGGCCGAGCUCCCUAGAGGACAACGUGGGGGGCACUUAACACACUACACCCUGUAUGUGCAGCAAGACUCGGGGUCCCUUACCCUUCAUAAUGGUAACCCUCUACCCCCUUCCUCUGCAUCCCCCUAUGUUGGAUCUCUGUUCCAAGACUGGCUUCCACUAGCCUUUGGAGACUUACAAGUCAGUCCACUGUGGCUGAUCCUGGAACUUGCCACCCAGGGGACUUCUUCCCUUUCACAUAUGUCGAUCCCCUUCACUCUACCUUCUGCUGUUAGCUCUGACCACAUCUUCUCUGUCUCUCUAGUGAGUGCAGAUGUCCUAAAUGUGACCCUAUUGGACCUGCCUGAAGGACACUAUAAGAUGUGGAUGACAGCAUCCACCAUUGCUGGCCCUGGCCAGCCUGGCCCCAGUCUCCAGCUCUACCUCCCAGAGAAAUAUUCAGAAAAGUGGAAAGUGCUGCUGGUGGUCCUGCUGCUAUGUGGCUUGUUAUUGCUGAGCUGUUGCCUGGGCUUGGCAUUCUCCAAGUGCUGCCUCCAACUCUGUCACAAGCUUCUGCCCCAUUGGGUCUCUGAGAGAAUCCCAGAUCCCUCCAAUAGCAAGAGCAUGCAGCCUUGGGGAGAGGAGCUUCCUCCAGCUCCACCUCCCAAGGAUGCCCUUUUCAUAGAAGUGGAAGAGGUGCAGAUUAUGAUGUCUCCAGCCCCCCAAGCCCCAGAGACUCCCAUCCCACUUGACUCUGGGUAUGAGAAACACUUUCUGCCUACACCUGAAGAACUGGGCCUUGUGACUCUGCUCAGACCACAGACAUCCACCUGAGGAGCCCUGAAUUAUGAGAUUCUGCCAGGAGCAUGGAUCCAUGAAAUAGAGGAACCAAGCCCAGGAUGAAGGCAUUGCCCUGAUAUUUGGAGACAAAGACUCAAAACCACAGAAUAUCAUAAGAAAUCACCUUGUCAACUCCAUCCCCCAUUUUACAGAAAUGGAGACUAAGGAGGCAAGGAGAGAGUGGGAAAAUAUUUGCCCAAGGCCAUAGGGCAAGUCAGAAUCAAGGCUGGGACUUAAAAACCUUGCCCUCAUCCCUACCUCCAAUCUCUUUCUGCUCUGGGGGAGAGCCAUGGGAAAAUUCCUCUGUCCUCCCCUGAUCAGUCUGAGGAUCUGGAGAGAAGAGCACAUGAGUUCCUGUCAGAGGUCAGAGGAUUUAGGACUGGAAGGAACCUCAGAGGCCAAACAGACCAACUCCCUUCCUUGUAUAGAGGAGGAAACAGAGAGAAGUGCCUCCCUCUAGGCUACACAGCUCAUUAGGAGUAAAAUUAGAACUCAACCCCAGAGCUCCCUGACUUGAAAUCCAGUAACCCACCCUACACUAGUUCCACUUACCUGAUUCCUCUUCUCAUUCGUCCUACCCAUAUUUAUAAGCAGGGGAUUCACUUCUCCACUGUCUAGGGAACCAAGUCCAAACCUUUCAUCCUGGUGUUCAAGGCCCUACAAUCUUGUCCCACUGCCCUGCUCUGCCCCAACCUACUCGUAUGCCCAACAGCAUACAUACAGCUCAUAUAUUCCUACCAUCUCUCCAGGUUUUGGCUCCUUCCAUCCAUUCCACCUCUUUCUCCCCUGAACUCUAUCUAGUGCAUCCUUUGAGGUUCAGCUCGGAUGCCAUCUCCUCUCUGUGGAAAUGAUCCCUUCACUCCUCUUUGGUCCCCAUAUCCUCUGUUUGUACCAUUCUCACUAAUGCAGAUUAUAUAUCACAUCAGCCUUGGAUUAUAGCUUCCUAUGUUUGUCUUAUUUCCGACUAACCUCAGACUUCCUGAGGGUAAGAUUUGGGACUUCUCCAUCCUUGCUUUUCUGCAGUAUAAGCCAGCAUUCCCUUGCGCAUGUUGGGGGCCCCUAAGAAUGUGAGAACCCGAGAAGUCAGCCGGUCCAACCCUUUCAUUUUACAGAUAAGGAAAGAUAGGUCUAGGUUAGAAGUUAAAUGGCCUGACUAAGGUCACCCAGGUAGUAUCAC